GUAUUUAUAACGCGGCGAACUGAGCGAUCGGAUCGGGGUGCUAUUUUUGGAGGGCCACCAACCGUCCGCCAGCUGUUUUCAAUACUCAGGCAGCAGCAGCAGCGGAAAAAAAAUCAGAUGGAGUACGAUCCGACAUACCAGAAGAUAUGCUCCACGCGCACCGUCCAGUCGGAGAAGAAGGGGUUCUUCAACGAUUUCUGUGGCGAUGUGAGGGAGACAUGUGGCGACAAGUGGCUGAAGAACUACUUUGGAAAACUGAAGUCGAACGCGGCCCGUGUGCUCUCCAUAUUCAGUGAUCGCGAGGUGUGCGAUCCGGUGCUCGGUGUACUGGAGCACGUCCAGCCGGUUUACAAGCUGAAGGACGCUCUGUUCUCCUUCCAGAGGCGGGCCCAGGCGGACAAGUUCUACCUGUUGAGCUGCAGCACGAAUGAGGCGGAUGAGCGCAGGGAGCUCCUCCAACAGGCAUUGCUGGCCGCCAAUCUGGCCGUGAUGCGUGCUCCCCAACGGAAUGUGAGUCCCACCAUUGACGAUGGACUCACCCUCGCCCUGGCCUACCGAUCGCGUGCAUCCAUCCUGAUUGGCCUGGGCGAGGGCGAACCGGCUCUCAGCGACCUCAAGCUGGCCACCAAUUUCGGUCUGGAGUUGAAGGGAAGCGUCGACUACUACUGCAAGAUGGCCAAGGCCUAUGCGGUAAUGGGAGAGAGUGCUCGGGCUGAAAUCUCCUUGAAGAUAGCCGAAAAACUGGCUGGCUCCGACACCACCCACAUUGCGAUAUGCCGCAAAGAAAUCGCAGGGAUAAAGCCUGUCCAGAAGGAGCCAUCCACGGAGAAGGUGCCGCAGCUGGCCCACGGGGAAAACCCGGAACUGAGCGGCGCCGCCAAUGUCGUGAAGCUCGUGGAGACCAAGGAGAAGGGCCGCUUCGUUGUGGCCAGCGAGUGCCUGAAGACGGGCGAUGUGGUGCUGUGCGAGAAUCCUGUGGCGGCCUGCCUGAUUCCCAGCUUCUUUGGCACCCGCUGUCACCACUGCUUCAAGCGGUUGCACACUCCCGUGGCCUGUCUGCAUUGCUCCGGGAUUGCCUUCUGCUCUGCCCAGUGCAUGGGCGAGGCCUGCGAGAGCUACCAUCGCUUCGAGUGCGAGUUCAUGGAUCUGCUCAUUGGCUCCGGCAUGUCCAUCCUCUGCUUCAUUGCACUGCGCAUCUUCACACAGGCCGCCAGCGUGGACGAUGGCCUGGCCACGGCCAAUCUGCUCUUUGAGAACUUGUGCUCGCACGAGGAUGUGCGUCAGGCGGAGGACUACCUGCAGCGCUCUCUUAUGGCCGGGUUCCUGAUGCGCAUCCUGCAGAAAGCGCAGUACUUUGGCCAGCGCAAAACCGAGGGCGUCAAUCCGACAGCCGUUGAGUUGCAGGUGGCCACCGCCCUGCUGGGCCUGCUUCAGGUGCUGCAGUACAACGCGCACGAGAUCUACCAGACCCAGGUGACGGACGAGCAUCGGUUCGAAGGCAGCAAGACGGUGCAUGUGGGCGCAGGUCUCUACGGCACUGGCUCCUACUUCAACCACGAAUGCUGGCCAAGCGUCGCCAGCUAUUUUGUGGGCAAGAAGCUGGUGCUGGCGGCCACCAAGCCGCAUCGUCCGAACGAAGUGGUCGCCGUCAACUAUGGCCCCAUCUUCACGUACACCAAUCUCAAGGAGCGCCAGAGGUCUCUUCGUGGCAGAUACUCCUUCAGCUGCAGCUGCAUGGCCUGCCAGGAGAACUGGCCGCUGCUCCAGAAGCUGGACAAGCAGGUGCGCUUCUGGUGCACUUCGGCCAACUGUGUGAAUCUGUUGAAGUUCCCAAAGGACCUGGCCAAGGAUGUGCGCUGUCCUCGCUGUCGCAAGAAUAUCUCCCUGAAGGAGAGCGUCUCCCGGCUGAUCAAAAUCGAAGAGCUUUACAGGGAAGCGGCCCAGGCGAUGCAGGCGCAGAAGACUGGCGAGGCCAUUGAGCUCUUCAAGGAGGGGAUCGAUCUUUUCUUCCAAAUAGCUGCGCUGCCCCACAAGGACACUCUGGUGGCUCAGCACUCGCUGACCAAGUGUGCGGCGAAUACGGGCACCACUUUUAAGAAGUAGGGGCUGCUCCCCCAGCAUUAAGAUGGAAAAUAAUCAUUGACUUGCAUAUGUAUUUAUAUGUAUUAAUUAUUAAAUUUUUUUCUACCUACCACUCU